GACCCCGUUGCCCAGCGCGGGCGCGGGGGGCGGAGCUCGGCGGAAACCGGGAAAGGGUCGCCGCGGCUCCCGCUCUUCGAGGUGGCGGCUCCGUCCGGCGCUACCAGGUGGACGUCAAGUCCCCAGCGUGGGUGGCCGCGGUCUCCCGGUGGCACGGUCUGCUGCGGUCGGAGGUGAUAUGAGUGCUGCGGGGCUGUUGGUUCCGGCUCCGGCCCCGGCUGGAGCGCCGCCGGCUCCGGAGUACUGCCCGGAGGAGGAGGAAGAGCUGGAGAGUGCCGAGGACGAUGAGCGCAGCUUCCGGGGUCGUGACUCGGAUGAAGACACAGAAGAUGCUAGUGAAACUGACCUGGCAAAGCAUGAUGAAGAUGACUAUGUAGAAAUGAAGGAACAGAUGUAUCAAGACAAACUAGCUUCUCUCAAAAGGCAAUUGCAACAACUGCAGGAAGGUACAUUACAGGAGUAUCAGAAGAGAAUGAAAAAACUAGAUCAGCAGUACAAAGAGAGGAUACGAAAUGCAGAACUCUUCCUCCAGCUGGAAACUGAACAAGUGGAAAGAAAUUACAUCAAAGAAAAGAAGGCAGCAGUGAAAGAAUUUGAAGACAAGAAGGUUGAGCUGAAAGAGAACUUGAUUGCUGAGCUAGAAGAAAAGAAGAAAAUGAUUGAGAAUGAAAAGCUAACAAUGGAACUGACUGGAGAUUCUAUGGAAGUGAAACCCAUCAUGACCAGAAAAUUGCGGAGGCGACCAAAUGAUCCUGUCCCCAUCCCAGACAAGAGGAGAAAACCUGCUCCUGCCCAGCUAAACUAUUUGUUAACAGAUGAACAGAUCAUGGAGGAUCUGAGAACGUUAAAUAAGCUUAAGUCACCCAAGAGACCAGCAUCCCCAUCCUCUCCUGAGCACUUGCCUGCCACACCUGCAGAGUCUCCAGCCCAGAGGUUUGAAGCUCGGAUAGAAGACGGCAAACUAUAUUAUGAUAAAAGAUGGUACCACAAGAGCCAAGCCAUCUAUCUGGAGUCAAAGGACAACCAGAAACUCAGCUGUGUGAUCAGCUCUGUCGGGGCCAAUGAGAUCUGGGUGAGGAAAACAAGUGACAGCACAAAGAUGAGGAUCUACUUGGGCCAGCUUCAGCGUGGGCUCUUUGUGAUCCGCCGGCGGUCAGCGGCUUGACAGUCCAUAGUGUUCUUCCCUUGGCCCUUUUUCUGGAGUGGUUUUGUUUUUUCUUUUGUUUUGUUUUCUUCUUAAUAGAAAAAUUUUAACUACUGGGACUAGUUACUUGGCCUUGGAAAAUGGAGAAUACGGUUAUGGAUUCUGCCAGGUACUUUGGUGGCCGACACCUCCAUCUUUGUGUCAUUCUUGACUGCCUGGACCUUUUCCAGACAUCAGUCGCCCACAGGACUAUUUUACAUUUGAGAGUACUGUAGCGUGACUUACUUUCCUUUUACAUCUUUAUUUUUCUUAGAUUUUUGUCUUUAACUUUUUUUUUAAACCUCUUUUGAGUUUGAAGGGACAGAUAGCUCUUUUUAUUAAUUAUCUUUAGGUCUUUCUACCAUGAAGAAGAGCAGGAAGGGAUACACUUUCCAGUGCAUUUUCAUGUUUUGAAUCUUGUUAGUGGAUCACGUAGCUUUCCCUUGUCGAGCCCAUUUCACUGUUUCCUCAGAAGCUUGUGGCAGAGGUCCUAGCAGAAGGAGAUUAAUUCUCCUGGCUCUCAGCCUUCGUGGAGAAAUAAAUGCCUUUUGUAACAUCUGGCGCAUGCCAUCCAUUCCACUGACUGAACAACAGAAAAAUUUGCCUAGGAACUGUGCAUUGAACUAAAUGGGGUUGACGGGAGGGGAACUUUCAUAUUCAUAAUGUGCUGAAGCCACCAUAUAUUAAAUGUUAUUUAAUGCAGGUGGUUUAUUUAAACAGAUUUGUUCCAGCUCAAGCUGGAACAAGAAGUGGUCGUUUCAGAAAUUUUAAUUUGUAUUUCAUUUCUCUCCCCUGUUCCCAAGUAGAUGAAAUAUUACUUGCCACAGGCUAGUUGUCUGGGUUACCUGUGGUAGGUGGGGAGGUGAGAUUAAUAGUGCAAUAAUCAGUGAGCUCUAGACUCUCACUCAUGGUUCAAAUUUCAGUCUUCUUCCUGAUGCUGAUAAUUGCACAUUGGCCAUUCCAAACCCUUGGAACUUUCUGUCAGCCACUCAGCCCUCUUAGGUCCUCAGGAGAUCUGGCCUAGAUUGGAGAGGAGGAAUGCUGCUCUGCCAUGGCUGUCACUAAAUUGUCACACUUUCUGACAAUUCUAGAUGAAUCACCUUCCCUGCACUCCCUGCCUCAUCUCCAUAAUGGGAGAAAGGAGCCAUUGGAUGAUGGGCUUUUCUACAGUUGAGUUGUUAUCUUGAGAUGUUUAAAAAAUUUGGGGUUAGAACAGUUGCUCUGGGCAAUCAGUGGACUUUACACAUCCUAGGGAAUCUUUGUAAGUAAUUCUCUUGGUCUCAAGUGAUUGUCCUUGUAUUGUCUCCUGAUGUACAUAUCCCAAACUUAUUUAGGGGACUGUGAGGACAAAUAAAUCACCUCAAGUCCUGGCUUCAGCAGAGACCAAACCUUACCCAGAGUAAAGAUUUGUACAGAUAUAUUUUAAUUUUAACUUGUAAUACAUUUCUUUCUCUCAUUUUUUUCUGACGUUGGAGUAUAUUUAGAAAACAGGAUAAAUGAUGCUGUUUAUCAGAAGUUGCCUGGGCAUUCUGUUUCUUCUCUGCCAUCCAACCCCCAUGAGGAUGAGUUUACUGCAGUGAACCAAGUCCGGGGUAAACCGGGGCUUUACUUUUUGUUUCUUGACGCCUUUGCUAUAAGGGAGGACUUCUCUCACUUGACUCCUCACGGUGGUGUGUUACAUGCCAUAAUAUCAGGUAGCUAUUAGUUUUCAGCUAGUGAUCUGUGAUGGAAGUUUAUUUAGAUAUAAUACGUUUUGUCAUCGAGGAUGGUUGGUUGGUUUUUUUUUUAAUGGCCACCUUAUUUGUCCUUAGCAGUAUACCAAAGUUUUUUUUUUUAUUGGAAAGGAUUGUCUUGAUAUCCACUAGGGGUUCAGCAUCUAAGCAGCAAUGGCUUGCCUUUUUUCUUGCCUUGUCUGAUACCACCUUUGUGCUUUCAUGAAGUAACUAUUUAUUUGAAGACCGGCGUGUGGGCACUUUUGCUGUCUUUCUGUAACUUUUGAGGGUGUUUGAGGCCAUGCUUAGACGUGGUCUGCACCCCGCCACUGCCUUCUCCUGCUCCUUGGUGUCCUCACAACCCGAAAUAUCUCACUUUAAUCAUGACCCAGUGAAAACGUGGGAGAAUGUGAAGUAUACUUGAGACAGCAGAGUAAAUUAUAUUCUGUAUUUAGUCCAGAAAUUACAAGUCAGCAGCUCACUCUUUCAGGCCUCUUUGGUGACCAGGGGCAGAGGAAGCCCCAUUGGUGGUAAAUGGAGACACUUUUGUGAAGGACAAAAGCUAACUAAAGGGCAGUUUGAGAUUCCAGAGAAUAAUAAAAGAAAGCUGACUUUUAGCCCAGGUGGUUGUUCCUGUUUCAAAAGGUUUUUGUCUCUCACUAGACCCCAGACCACUAGAUGAAUUCCCAGAUUCUAACCAUUUCUUGAAAGUGUACUUUGAAAAACAGUUGGUCCAGACAAUUCUGAUCAAGAACCUGUCUGUGUUUUGUUAAGAGGCAGUUAGUUGCCCUGUGUACCCUAUACAGUGUUUGCUAUGCACGUGUUCCAGUAUUUAUUUCACUGCUGACUGGGGGUUCUGGGGGUCUCGCCCUCACAUACUCUCCUUGCCCCCCCCCCCCAAGUUGGUGUCCUUUUGAACAAUUUCCAGAUAGAUUUCUGUAGCCAUACCAAAGCCAGGAUGUUUUCAUUCGUUUGGAUACCAGUAUUUAUGGGCUCUAACUACAUAACUUAACACUUUUUCUUUUAAACUUCUCACUGGGGCCAGUGUAAGAUCACAGAGGCUGAUCUGCAAAUCAGGCUACAUAUAUUUGUGUGCAAGACUCUGUGUUCAGGACUGGGUGGCUUUUCUAAGAGAAAUACUAUGGGGGUUGACUACAUUUUUUUUACCUAAUUCUAGGGGGAAAAUCCUAUUUUUUACAAUAUUUUUUUUUGUUUGUUUUUCUGUUAAUAUUUCCUUUUAGCCUUGAAGUUUUACUAUAUAAUUUCCUCCUGAUUUUAAAAUUUGGUUUUUAUGUGGGAAUUGGAAAUCUUGAUAGUUAAUGUUAGACCAAUUUCCAAAGAGUUUAAACCUCUUUAAUACGAGAACAUUGUAAAAAUAAAUUGCAGCCAUUUUAAGUAGCCAGUGGACUUUUUAUAUAACAUCAUUAAACAGUAACAUUCAGUGUUCUGAGAGGCGAAUGUAAAAUGUUAGAAGUAUGGGGUUUUUGUUUUUUGUUUUGUUUUGUUCUGUUAAUAACAAUAAACUUUCAAAGUGAAAACCAGU